AUGAAAGAGGGAGAAAAGGAAAAGGAAGACAUUCCUCAAGAAAUUGCUGAAGAAGAACCUAUACCGCCUCCUCUUACUCGUGUCUACAAGCCCAAACCACCAUACCCACAAGCUUUGAAAGGACCAAAGAAGGAGAAAGAAAGGGCUAAGCUGAAAGAGAUAAUCGAACAUUUAAAUGUGAGAUUACCUUUCAUUGAAGCUUGUGCAAUGAAACCUGCUCUUAGGAAAUACAUGAAGGGCAUUCUAAAAAAUUCUCUAGCAUUAGAAGAAGGCGUUCUGAUGAUAAGUCAUGAAUGUAGUUCCAUCUUACAAAACCAUGUCCCCCAGAAGAAAGAAGAUCCGGGAAGUUUUGUACUUUCUUGCACAAUUAGGAAUAUGACUUUUGAACGUUGUCUAUGUGAUUUGGGAUCAAGCAUCAACAUGAUGUCUCUUUCAGUUGCAAAACGUUUAGGAUAUCAUACUUUUCAGCCCACAAAAAUCUCGCUGAUUCUUGCCGAUCGAUCAAUAAGACGACCAAAAGGAGUCUUGGUUGAUGUAUCAGUCAUGAUUGGAGAAAACUGUAUUCCGACUGAUUUCAUAGUGCUUGAAUUGGAAAGAGAACCAAAGGACCCUCUGAUACUCGGUAGACUUUUUGUAUCAACUGCAGGAGCAAUAAUCAAUGUUCUGGAAGGAAAGAUAGACCUACAUCUAGGGAGUUUGAUUAUGCAGUUCGAUAUGAACAAGAGUCUUGAGAAACCUUCUUUAGAUGGCGGGCUCUGUCGGUUGAUGAGCUUGAUGUUAUUGCUGAGGAAGUUUAUGAAGAAAUCCUUCUUGAUGAUCCUCUAA